AGCAUCGGGAAGAAUCCUUUGAUAAGCGGGAUAUUCAUGUACGAAUCCGGAGGAGUGUCGCCCACUGCGUAACAUGUACGUUAUCAAUCCUGCAACUGCACCGCAUGACCUUUCAACAAUUAGUUACUCGGCAAACAGUACCGCAAGCGUCCGACCUACCACACCUGGGUCGGUUCAUGUCCCAAGGAAUAACGAAAUCCUCACCCAGUUGCUGACAAAAUGCGCCAACAAUAUGUCAGACGAGGUGGCCAAUUCGUGUAGCCCUCGUGAUGAAAAAACACCUCACGCAGCAUCGUCGUCUUCGUCACCGUCUCUAGUGAGGGCGAAGGAACCAGAAACAACACAAUCGUCUCCCGUUCCCACUCGCACCAACUCGGAAGAUGCUCAGCAGAAUGUCACGAAGCGCGUUGAUUCCUUGCCGGAAGUAAAUAGCUCACCCGGUUCAGAGAUCUCCUCGUCCACAUCUCCAGUGGCUCCGAAGGUGUCACCCGAUGCUUCUCCAUUGUCCAGCACAACUUCAACAUCCAAACAUUCCUCGCCGCCGGCCAAUGAGGAAGUGGUGGUUGCAGUGGCAAAAUCGACUUCCGGUACAAGUACCACAUCCGACACCAUCGAUCAACUGCCUAAAUCAUCCUGUACCGCAACAUUAGCAAACUUUUCCAGUGUAAUCCAUCCCAAGGAGCGUGCUCUCAAGUCGAUUGCUCUAUCAGCGGAUGGCAAAGAUACCGCUCUCGGCGCCCUGUCAAAAGUUGGUAACGGCAAAUCCAUUGUCGCACCUGUAACUUCGAGAAAUCGCGGUAUAAACGGUAGUUCGCCUGUUGAUACAGGGGUUACGUGUGGUGGCACCGUGCAUGGCGGACGACUGCAGUUUUUCAAAGAUGGAAAGUUCAUACUGGAACUGGCGCGCGCCCGCGAAGGUGAAAAAACUAGCUGGAUAUCUGUGCCCAGAAAAACCUUUUGGCCACCGACCGUAUCUUCAACCAGUGUCAAUUUUCAUAAGCACGAAAGCUCCACAUCUCUGAGUUUUUCGGAUGACAACAGCUCCAUCCAAUCAUCACCAUGGCAACGCGAUCAUUGCUGGAAGCAGGGUCGUCCCCGUGCGAACAUCUCCAAAGAGCUGUCGCUAUAUUACUUCCGCCCGGCAAACGUUCGCUUCCGCUUGGCGAGGGAAACUCGUACCCGGCUGCGGAUGAAACGAAGACGACCAUACGAUGUCGGCAUGCCACCGGAUGUCAAACAAGAUGAAUUGGGUCCGCUACUCUCGUUCGAACUCUUAAGCGCACAAAAAACCAAACGUAGCGAAGUAUUUGCGGCAAAUAAUGAUAAUCAGGAUAGUGAUAAGGAGCUGAGCACAAACGGUGAUGGUGAUAAUGCAGCAGUAUUCACGAAGAUAAAACAAAAUGGAGCAGGAACUCCGAUGGAUAUGACGUCUUCGUCCUACGAUGUUGUUCCACCUUCUGGCAGCGACGACGAGAUUGGAACAGAUUUUAAUUUGAGCAAAUCCACUACAAGACAUCGUAAACCGAAAGCGAAAAAAAGCGACAACGCUCGUUUACUAACAAAUGGUCAUCACCAUAAUUCUUCAUCGUCCGCAUCAGGGGAUCGAUGCAAACGGAGAACGGAUCUAACAACGAUUAUACAAACUCUUGUCGAACAACAACUCCGUGCCGUCGCGUCCGCUGCAACUCUCGAUUCACGGGUCCCCCUUCGAAUGGGAUCGGCCGUUACCGCUGGCAGUAGCAGUAUUCGGAGCGUGUUUGGCAGUUCCUCCUCGCACCUUCAACAACAUGUGUCGCCCCGCAAACGAAUCCUGCGUGAAUUAGAAAAGGUUUCAUUGGAUGAUGGUAGCACAACGAAGCGAUCACGCCCAAAACCCUCCAGCAACAAUGGACUAGUUUCUGGCAGUCUUGGGGCACCGCUUAUCGUAACGGCAACAACCGCUACACCACUUUCCACAUUAGCUGCAAACGGCUCUGCGAAUGGUGUUGGAACUAGCCAUUUCACUAACGGCUAUACGAGUGAAGUGAAUGCCGUUCAAUGCACCAGCAAUGGAAACAGCAGUAGUAGUGGAAAUGGAAGCAUCACCAACGGAGUUGGCGGUGGAAAGCAUCUAGUGAAUGGAAGCUCGCCAGUCAACUCAACGCCAUCGGCCGUUUCGCGUCCUUUCAGCAGCUAUAGCAUAACGUCUCUUCUCGGACACAAUAACAUUUCUUCCUCAAGUGAAGCGACGCAUCGCAAAUCAGACAAUUCUGCCACUACCAGCUCGUCGAAAGUAUCAGCCUCGGUUGUGUCGGCUUCAGCAACAACUAGUCAUUAUCACCAUCAUCAUCAACAUCUACAGCAUCAUCAAUCGCUUUCACCCCAGCUGCAGCAGCACUACCAAACGCAACAGCCUCCACUUGCGUCUUCGCCGAAAUCACCCUCUACGGAAUCGUUGACAACAUCGUUGCACCACUAUCAACAGCAUAACAACGUGCCGCAGCAGCCUGUUUCUCGGCCCCAUACGAAGAGACGCUCCCCAAGUCACGUUGGAAGAAGUGUUGCAUCUCCUGGUGGGCCAGCAGGAAACAAUGGUGCGGAUUACGGUGCAACGAUCCGUUCACCGGAACUAAGUCCUAGCCCUGAGCACAACUGCACCUCGUAUCCGUCCAACCACCAUCAUACGCCAGUAUCAGGAGGUAGCUUCGUGCGCUAUCGACAACAUCCGUACGGUGGAAGUCCCAGCAGUUACUCAUCUGCACCUUCGUCCAGGUUUUCACCAUCACCGACCAUGAACGAUUCUACAACACCGCCGUAUGCGGGAACAUCGUGUGGUGCGCGCACCUCUUAUCGUGCUGCCUUUCUAGCCGCCAGCAGUAACUCUCCUCCCAGCAACAUGUCCCCGAACCACUUAUCGCGGGCCUCACCUCUCAAUUUUGGUCGUACCGUGUCUCCGACCCUUCUUCCUCGCCGUCAUGAACACUCCGCCUGCUCUCCACGAGCUUCACCAAUCAGUGCCAGCAGCAGCAAUGGUAGCAGUAAUGCGGCGAGUAGUACUCCGACAUCGGCAAUGGCUUCGCUCACGACCAACUCGCCUACCAUCCGAACUGUGCCAAAAAAGACGGCGGCUUUGCGACAACCGUUUACUGGUGCUCAUUCUCCUUCUUCCUCACCUUCAUCACACUCGCGAGAGCGCUCCAACUCGAACGUGUCAAGCUCUUCAAGUUUAUUCGCGGUCAGAAAAGACCAUCAGCAACAUCCACACGAUGAGCGCGGAGGGCAAACCGAUACAACUGACGGAGGAUCAGGACUUUCAAUGGCACACUACGUCCCUUCGCAUUCUGCACCUUCGGCAACUUCUUCGUCAUCCUCGGCUACUAGGCACGGAAGCCCAGGCGUGUUAAGACCGAGCACAGUGAUUGCUUCCCCGACGCCACACCACCCUAUGCCGAGCACCUUCUACUCUCUCUAUCCGCCACAGUUAGCUGCCUCUCUAUUGACGACUCAGCCUACUUCCUUGGGAGGCCCCGCUCAGAAUGCAGCCGCGGCAGCAGCGGCCGCAGCGGCCGCUGCUUCGGUACCGUUUCUUCCAGCGUCCGCCGCCUCGCUUACCUCGUACUAUCAACACAUGUACAACGCAGCCACAGUAGCCGCCGCGUACCGUAAUCCUCUCUGGAUGCACUAUCCAGGAUUGGCGGCCGUAGCACCACAAGGACUGUCAUUGUCCGUUCCACCGCCGCCACCUCCCCCUCCACAAGCAUCAGCAACGACGGUCGUUCAAUCGCCUGCCACAUCUGCUUCCUUGUCCUCGUCCUCCUUAUCCUCUGUGACUGCUGGCGGUAGUGCAACUUCAGCGUUUAGGAAAGAGGAGCAGAGCCGGCACCAUCCAGUCUUUCCAGGAUCUACCGCCCUUAACUAUAGCGUCAUCUCAUUAACGGGGUCCUCUUCGUCGCAUGGCAACAUUCCCCCCGGCAUGUCCAAUGGCGAUGUUCCUUCAAGCUGGUCAGAGCGAGUAUCAGAUAGUGUCAGCGCAUACCACCACCAUCACCUCGAUCAUUCCAUGGUUGCUGCCAGUGACGCUCUCAAGGAAGAACCCAGCAAUGGUGAGUGCGUGCAAGAAGGAUGCCGAUCAUAUGUACCCCUCAAUCUCUCCAAGCACUAGAAGGAAUGAAGGUUAAAUGAAAUCUUAC